AUGGGGAACCAGGAUGGGAAGCUGAAGAGGAGCGCAGGUGAUGCCUCCCACGAAGGCGGCGGCGGAGGAGCGGAGGAUGCCGCGGGGCCCAGGGAUGCGGAAACCACAAAGAAGGCAAGCGGGAGCAAAAAGGCGCUCGGCAAGCACGGCAAGGGGGGAGGGGGCGGCGGGGAGAGCAGCAAGAAGAAGAGCAAGUCGGAUUCUAGAGCCUCGGUGUUUUCCAACCUGCGAAUCAGAAAGAACCUGACCAAGGGGAAAAAUGCAGGUGACUCGCGGGAGGAUGUGCUGGACUCUCAGGCCCUGCCGGUCGGGGAGCUGGACAGCGCUCACUCCAUAGUCACCAAGACCCCGGACCUCAGCCUCUCUGCUGAAGAGACGGGCCUAUCGGAUACCGAAUGUGCCGAUCCUUUCGAGGUGAUCCAUCCAGGUGGUCCUAGGCCUGCCGAGGCUGGGGUAGGGAUCCAGGCGCCUGCGGAGGAUUUGGAAACUGCGGCAGGAGCCCAAGAUGGACAAAGGACCAGUUCUGGUUCGGACACGGACAUCUAUAGCUUCCACUCCGCUACGGAGCAGGAGGAUUUGCUCUCAGACAUCCAGCAGGCAAUUCGCCUGCAGCAACAGCAGCAGCAACAGCAGCAGCAGAAACUGCUGCUCCAGGACUCCGAGGAGCCUGCAGCGCCCCCCACUGCCAUUUCCCCUCAACCUGGGGCCUUUCUGGGCCUGGAACAGUUCUUGCUGGGACCUAGUAGCGAGGCUAGAAAGGAUGCGGAUCAGACACAACCGGUGAGACCCGACUUGCCUGAGACCACCAAGUCCCCUGUGACUGAGCAUCCUCCGUCCUCUGGAGGCCACUUAGCCUCUGAGACUCCCGGCUACGCGACCGCCCACUCCGCAGGCACAGACUCUCUCUCAUCUCCAGCCUUCACAUUUCCUGAACCUGAGUCAAGGGAGGGCGCAACCGGAGCCCCAGCGCCCGAAGCUGGGGACACAGAUGAGGAGUGCGAGGAGGAUGCUUUUGAGGAUGCUCCCCGAGGCUCUCCAGAGGAGGAAUGGGUUCCAGAGGAGGGAGAAUCUUCUCAGAGGCCGGAGGAAGAGCCGGAGGAGGGGAUACGAGGGCCCAGUGUCUCUGCAGUAGCUUCUUUGCCUGGCAGCCCUGCGCCCAGCCCACGAUGUUUCAAACCUUACCCACUCAUUACCCCCUGCUACAUCAAGACCACCACUCGGCAGCUCAGCUCGCCCAAUCACUCCCCGUCCCAGUCCCCCAACCAGAGUCCUAGGAUCAAGAAGCGACCGGAGCCUUCCGUGAGUCGGAGCCCCAGAACUGCCUUGGCCUCUGUUGCGGCCCCGGCAAAGAAGCACCGGUUGGAAGGCAGCCUCACCGGCGGCCUUAGCCGCUCAGCCGACUGGACCGAGGAGCUAGGCGUCCGUAUGCCUGGGGCAGGAGGCUCUGUGCACCUGCUGGGGCGUGGGGCUACUGCGGAUGAGAGUGGUGGCGGGUCCCCUGUGCUGACCGCCAAAGCACCUGGGGCUGCAGCGACAGCGGAUGGCUUUCAGAAUGUGUUCACAGGGCGGACUCUGUUGGAGAAACUCUUCAGCCAGCAGGAAAACGGGCCUCCGGAAGAAGCCGAGAAAUUCUGCUCGCGGAUCAUCGCCAUGGGCCUUCUGCUCCCUUUUAGUGACUGCUUCAGGGAACCAUGUAAUCAGAACGCUGGGUCAGGCUCAGCUCCAUUUGAUCAAGACCAGCUUUACACCUGGGCUGCAGUUAGUCAACCCACACAUUCCAUGGACUACAACGAAGGGCGGUUUCCCAGGAGAGAACCAUCCAGGCUCCCUGAUGAAGAACACAGCCCCAAGGAUGUUGAUGCAGAACCUCAAUCCUCUAUUUUGGAAAGCCCGAAAAAAUGUCCAAACGGUGUCCAGCAGGAACUUUACGAUGUGAAGUCUGAAGGACAGGCAACUGUAAUUCAACAACUGGAACAAACCAUCGAGGAUCUGCGGACGAAAAUAGCAGAGCUAGAAAAACAGUAUCCAGCCCUGGACUUGGAGGGUCCCAGAGGCCUUCCCGGACUGGAGAAUGGAUUCCCAGCCUCUGCAGAAGUUGGUCUGGAUGCUCUCAGAUUGCAUGGGAAGGUGGUACAGCUUCCAAGAACUCUUGAGGCCAAAUCAAUCCAAACUUCCCCUACAGAAGAGGGUGGGAUCCUGACUCUGGCACCUUUAAUGUCACGGCCGGAAGGUCCACCAUGCCCACGUGCAGCUGAAAUUGGAGAAUCAGCUGUUCUGCCCUCACCCUCUGGACCUCAGACAAAGUUCUGUUCCGAGAUUUCCUUGAUUGUGUCUCCAAGGAGAAUAUCAGUACAGCUUGAGGCCCAACCAGCCAUGCAGAAUACAUCACAGCUCCAUCCUCUUCCUCCCUCUCUCUCUGGGUCUGAUGGUCAAGGACUGCCCCUCCACCCUUCCCUGCAUACAGCAUUGGAAACCAGCCAUGAACAUUCUGUUUUGUCCUCCUUGGAAAACAGCCGUAAUAUCCCCCCUGCACCACCUCUGCCUUGUACAGAGUCCUCCAGCUUCAUGUCUGGCCUGGGCAUGGCGAUUCCCCCACCUCCUUGUCUCUCUGACAUAACAGUGCCUGCUCUGCCCAGUACAACAGCCCCACAAUCUACCAGUCUACAGGGAACAGAAAUGCUGCCAGCCCCUCCCCCACCUCCUCCACUCCCAGGACUUGGAAUACCCCCUCCCCCUCCUCUCCCUGGAGUGGAAAUACCCCCUCCCCCUCCUCUCCCUGGUGUAGGAAUACCCCCUCCCCCUCCUCUCCCUGGAAUGGGAAUACCUCCUCCUCCUCCUCUCCCUGGAGUGGGAAUACCUCCUCCCCCUCCUCUCCCUGGAGUGGGAAUACCUCCUCCCCCUCCUCUCCCUGGAAUGGGAAUACCUCCUCCCCCUCCUCUUCCUGGAAUGGAAAUACCUCCCCCUCCUCCUCUCCCUGGAAUGGGAAUACCCCCUCCUCCUCCUCUUCCUGGAAUGGGAAUACCCCCUCCCCCUCCUCUCCCUGGAGUGGGAAUACCCCCACCUCCCCCACUUCCUGGAGUGGGCAUACCUCCUCCCCCUUCUCUACCUGGAGUUGCUAUUCCUCCACCUCCUCCUCUCCCAGGUAUGGGGGUUCCUCCAGCCCCACCUCCCCCUGGGGCAGGCAUCCCUCCACCCCCUCUGUUGCCUGGUUCAGGUCCUUCCCUCUCCUCACAGGUUGGGAGUAGCUCUUUACCAGCACCACAAGUGUGUGGGUUUCUUUUUCCUCCAUUGCCAACUGGCUUAUUUGGAUUGGGGAUGAAUCAGGACAGAGGCGCUAGGAAGCAGCCAAUUGAGCCUUGCCGGCCAAUGAAGCCUCUCUAUUGGACAAGAAUUCAACUCCAUAGUAAAAGAGACUCCAGUCCUUCACUUAUUUGGGAGAAAAUUGAAGAGCCCUCCAUAGAUUGUCACGAAUUUGAAGAAUUAUUUUCUAAAACUGCGGUAAAGGAGAGAAAGAAACCCAUUUCUGAUACAAUCUCAAAGACAAAGGCAAAACAAGUUGUCAAGUUGCUUAGCAACAAACGGUCACAAGCAGUAGGAAUUCUAAUGUCUAGUCUUCAUUUAGAUAUGAAAGACAUACAGCAUGCCGUUGUGAACUUGGACAAUUCGGUGGUUGACCUGGAGACCCUUCAAGCUCUCUAUGAGAAUAGAGCACAGUCAGAUGAACUGGAAAAAAUUGAAAAGCACAGUCGAUCAUCCAAGGACAAGGAAAAUGCCAAGUCUCUUGACAAGCCUGAACAGUUCCUGUAUGAGCUGUCUCUAAUCCCCAACUUCUCAGAACGAGUCUUCUGCAUCCUGUUCCAGUCAACGUUUUCAGAGAGCAUUUGUUCAAUUCGUCGUAAACUGGAAUUGCUACAGAAACUGUGUGAGACAUUAAAAAGUGGACCAGGGGUCAUGCAAGUCCUGGGUUUGGUUCUAGCCUUUGGGAACUACAUGAAUGCUGGAAACAAGACGAGAGGACAGGCAGAUGGUUUUGGACUAGACAUUCUGCCGAAGCUAAAGGAUGUCAAAAGCAGCGACAACAGCAGAAGCCUUUUGUCGUAUAUUGUCUCAUAUUAUCUUCGAAACUUUGAUGAGGAUGCUGGCAAGGAACAGUGUGUCUUCCCUCUGGCAGAGCCCCAGGAGCUGUUCCAGGCCUCACAGAUGAAAUUCGAAGACUUCCAGAAAGAUCUCAGAAAACUAAAGAAAGACCUGAAAGCCUGUGAGGUGGAAGCGGGGAAAGUGUACCAGGUCUCCUCGGAAGAGCACAUGCAGCCGUUCAAGGAGAAUAUGGAGCAGUUCAUCAGUCAAGCUAAAAUUGACCAAGAAUCACAAGAGACUGCCCUGACAGAGACUCAUAAAUGCUUUUUGGAGACCACAGCCUACUACUUCAUGAAACCAAAAAUUGGAGAGAAGGAGGUGUCCCCAAAUGUUUUCUUCAGUGUCUGGCAUGAAUUCAGCUCUGACUUUAAAGACUCUUGGAAAAAGGAGAACAAACUGAUUCUGCAAGAGAGAGUUAAAGAAGCUGAGGAAGUGUGUAGGCAGAAGAAAGGAAAAGCACUCUACAAAGUAAAACCGAGACACGACUCUGGGAUUAAAGCAAAGAUAAGCAUGAAAACCUGA